UCUCCUUUUCACCUUCUUCUAAGGUUAACACCCUGUGACCCUGAACAACACACAAACUCUUUCGCUUCCCUCCUUAUCUUAUCUAUUGAGGCACCAGUCAGAGAAAACAUUGUAAGGCAAAAGGAAAAUGGCCUUAGAUCAAUAUUUUGAGGGUGCUGUGCCCCAAAUAGAUUCCUUCGAAGAAAAAUCAUCUCUGGAAAUGUGGAAAUGUGCCAGUGAAGAUGAUAUUGCAGAUUUUGAUAGAAAUGCCUCUAGUGACUUUGACUGCAACAUCUGCCUGGAGUGUGUGCAAGAUCCAGUGGUAACUCUUUGUGGUCAUCUUUAUUGCUGGCCCUGCAUAUACAAAUGGCUUAAUUCCCAUAGUGUCUUUUCUGAAAAUGAAGAGAAAGAGAAGCAACAAUGUCCAGUAUGCAAAUCAGAAAUUUCACAGUCAUCCCUUGUUCCACUAUAUGGCCGUGGCCAAACCACAUUACCUUCUAAAGGCAAGGCUCGCCAAGUAGGGAUUGUCAUACCAAGAAGACCCCUUGGUCCUUCAUGGGUGGCUCACUCACCAAGAUCAUUUGAUACUGCAAAUGUUUCCCAACCCACUUCUCAAGUUUAUCAUCCCCAUUAUCCUAACCGUCCUCAACAAUUCAACUCAAUUCCAGGCAGUAACACUUCACCAAUGCUUAACACAGGUGGUUCAUUAACAAACGCAUUUGAUACAACAUAUGGAGUCUUUGGUGAGAUGAUAUAUGCAAGAGUCUUUGGAAACCAGGUGACAAACAUAUACACACACCCGAAUUCAUAUGAUCUUUCCGGGAUCAAUAAUCCAAGGAUCAGAAGGCACUUAAUGCAAGCUGAUAAGUCACUCGGUAGAAUCAGUUUUUUCCUCCUUUGUUGUACAGUUCUGUGUCUUCUCUUAUUCUGAUUGUUAUUCCAUGUUUUUUGUGCAUACAUCCCUGUAUAGAAUACACGCAGUACCCUGGUUCAACCUGAUGUAUCAUACAUUUUAGAGAACUUGAUUCAGUGCUGAGAUAUGUGUAAUUAGUAUUAUUAACUAUCUCAUGUAUUUUAGAGUAGUUAAAUGAAAUAGAUGUUUGAAUAAGU